AUGAUAAUAGAAGAAGAGGGUAAGGCUAUUUGUUCAUAUACCACAAACGAUAUACUUAACCCACCCGCAGUAAUACAAGUUGGCAGUCCGGCAUACUUCUCAAGGGUUUUGGAAAUACAAAACCGUGAAACACAUCACAAUCUACGACAUGAUUUGACCGAAUACAUAUGGGAACGACAAUUUCAAGGGCAAAAUGACGGUGAAGACGACGAUGAUGACGAUGGUGAUGAUGGUGACGAUGGUGGCGACGAGGUAGAUGAUACCGGUGACGACAACGACGACGAUUAG